AUGUCAGAAGACAAAGAUGAAAUCACACGGCUAAACCCAGUAGCUCGAGCGAUACUCCAAGGUCUCUAUGACACUGAAAGUCCUUUGCAUAAAUUGCUUGGCCUGCAUUAUGUAUUGAAAGCCAUAUGGAACAAUGUGGUGGAUCACUGGAAAUCAAGAAUUAAGAAAACAGAUGAAAAUUCCCAUCCAGAAGAAGCCGACACAUCGUACGUGAGUUUUGUCAAACUCAGAACGCAAGGC